GCACCAACAAAAUGGGAUCUUGUGGAUCAAACCCCAACAACGUUAAGACAAAGAAAAGGAAGCAGCUCUCUUUAGCUCAGCUCAAGGCCAUGCAGGACAAGUAUCGACAACAAUAUAAAGACCUUCAAGUUGAGGAUGACUCCGAUCCAAAUGAGGUCACUAUAGAUCUUAGUACCAAAAGCGAUCAGAAAUUUAUCAUGGUAUUCGCAAAUGGGUACAUUCUCCCUUCAAUCGACGUCCUUAAGGUUAACAAUUGCAUGAAUAUCCACCAAAGCGUCUCACUUUUACUCACAGAAUGUGUGAAGAAAAAGGAUGAAAAGAAUUUUAUUAAGGAACUUUACCUUAAUAAUACUGUUAAUGAGCAAUCAGGACUUCAUAAACUCGAAAUUGAGUCAUAUUGUAAACCGUUGAGAGUCGUGUCAAGUGUCGUUACAGAUAAAAUACAUCUCUGGUACUGAUCAUUCAAUAGUAAAAGUUUCUCUAAAAUUCUGAACUGGUGAUCCGGUGUGAAAGAAAUCAGCUUUUUCAAAUCAAGGAUAAACCUUAAAGAAGAACUUUGUUUCAAUGACGAAGAAUUUGAGAGCGAUCUGAAACUAGAAACUUUGAACUUCUAUGGUUGUGGUGAUGAUAACGGUCUUCCCCUCAUCAGUGAAAAGGACAUUGACAUAAUUGCGAAGGCUAUUAUUAGUUCACCUCUUUUAUCAUCAAUCAAAGAGUUGAUCAUCAACAAUUGUGAGUUGAACAAGAUUGAGGUCCGAAGUAUCCUUCAGGAACAUGAAAUAGAGCAUAUUGUAGUUUGGGACUAAUUCAAU